AUGCAUUUAUCAUUUAAAGUCUUUGGGCCUGAGAAGUUAUGGCAAUGGCUGAUGCUGAUCAUUUUAAAUUUUACAGCUGUUUCCUGCCAAGUGGUUACUGCAGGAAGCUACUCAACGGUCUCCAAAUGUACUGAAGGAUUGAUUGCAAACGAAGAUAGGUUUAUAUUCACUGGGAGUGCUUUAUUAAAUGGUACAGAUGCUAAUGAAUGGCCUAGGAUAUUGACGUUUGAAAUCAAGCCAGAUGGUGGGAGUUAUUCUGCUGAUGCUUUUUACGAAGAUGCCCGCUGUUCCACUAAAUCUGAGGAUAACAACCUAGGAAAAAGUAAUAGGGCUGGGUGUCGAACAUCAUUUGAUUGGCUCUUGUCUGCAAAAAUAGAAUUCACCAACAACAAGUUUAUUAGUACAUUACUUAUGUAUAAUGUUCGUCAGGGACCGAAUGCAUAUUACGCUUGCAGUAUUGAUUUUCAACGUUAUGUAAAUGUCUGCAAUCCCUUAGAGUUCUACAGCAAACCAGAAGGACUACAAUGUAACGAGCCACGAAAUGUCAAUGACAAGAACGAAAUUUAUAUCUUUUGUAGUAUUAGCAAAGUCUAUCCUUCGGCAAAAAUGUCGCUUAAAUUUUUACAGUUUGAGAAAAUAGUCGCCUGUGUGAAUGAGACAAACUCAACAGGAGUCAUUACUUGUCAAGACUAUAUUUCUGUGGUGAAUUUAAAACCAGGCAUAAACUUCAUUGAUAUGUUGGUCUAUCCUAAUGUUUCUGGUGGGGAAAAAUAUGGCGUUAAACAACGGUUGAAUAAAACACUAACUUUCCCGCAGGCAUCUCUGAGUGCAGAUUGCUUGCAGAUUUUAAAUGUAACCAAAGGCUACGUCAAACAAGGGGACGUGGCUAACUGUACGUGUUAUAUCAAGACUCAGGGAGACCCACCUGGAAGUCUACAGUGGUACUACAGUAAUGGCACAGCAAUACAAAACAUCAAACUUAGUGAUACAGCUACGUUGCAAGUGAGAUUUAACGAUAGCAAUACAAACAAAAGCUAUACGUGCACGGCGUACUCGGCUUUAGGAACAGACGAUGGUGGCUUAGAUUUUACAGUUCAAAAUUCAUAUGGUCCGGAUUAUGUUGCAUUAUUUACAACUGACAGCUCGUCUGUGUAUGACGCGUGCACUGGUAGCAUUAAUGUCAACUUCAUGUGUUCCAUUUUUAAACAAAGUGUGGCACCUGAGCCGACUGUAUCUAUAAGUCUACUUAAUGGUGAAAUGCUUGUCUUGAACACAAAUCACAAUUCUACCCAUUACAUUUACAAAUCAUCAUACAAACCGAAAAGUUCCGGAUAUUUUACCUUUAGGUGUAAGGCCAUGAACUCAAUCUUUAAUGAAUUGGAAAACGUUGGAACUGCAACCAUUUUUAUUGCAGGUCCGCCAUCAAAACCACCUAAUAUAAUAUUGGGAAAGUCACAGUUGAUUGAAAGUGGUGGCACGAUUGGUCCAAUAAAAGAAGGUUCUAGCCUGGAGAUUAUGUGUCAAGUGGAGGGAGGAUUCCCUAACAGCUACACAAUGACCGUGUCGUGUACAGAAAGUUACUCUAACUCCACGAUAAACAACAGUGGUGUCAGCUUGUUACUGAGAAAGGUUAGCAGAACUUUCAAUGGCAUAAGGUGUACUUGUAAAGCUUUGCAUGUAACAUCUUGUUUCACAAAUAAUACAUCCAGUGCAAAUCUUAAUAUUACAUAUCAAGCGGUAAUACAACAAUUUACUGCAAAUUCUAAUACUGACAAUCUCACAGUUUCAAACAAUACUCAAGUUACUUUCUCAUGUAUCGUCGAUAGUAAUCCACCACCCAUUGUUCAAAUUUUAAGGGAAUUAACUGUACACAACCUAACAAAACGAAUGUACUGUGAGGAUAGUGGAGAAUACAUAUGUAAAGCCCAUAACACUGAAUUUAUACAGGCAGAUCAAAGGUCACUUAUAGUAUAUAUUCUAUGUAAGCCACUUUUGUUAAAAUCAUAG